GGAAUUUUGAAGCAGAAUGAUUGUUAGUAAACAAUCAUGACCCCCACUAUCGUCCUCGAUGGACUACAAACGGAAUCGAGAAAUAAUGGCAGCAGCAAUAUCGAUAAAGUCAGCACGUAUGAGCUAUGUCAAAUCAUCAACAGAGAAGACGCAACAGUUGCAGCAGCAGUAAACAAUUGUCUUCCAGUCAUUGCCGAAGCGAUUGACGCAUUAGCGAGCCGAGUUCGCCAAGGAGGAAGGGUGAUAUAUGUUGGUGCCGGAACAAGUGGGAGACUUGGGGUCCUAGAUGCCUCAGAGAUACCUCCCACAUAUUCUGCGCCAAGCGAACAAUUCGUCGCUCUGAUAGCUGGUGGUGAUGCUGCUCUUCGGUUUGCUCAGGAAGGAGCAGAGGACGAUGUUAUGGCUGCAGAAAGAGACUUGAAAGCUCUGAACAUAAACGGCAAAAUGGACUCGCUGAUCGGAAUUGCAGCUUCUGGAAGGACACCGUAUGUUCUGAGAUGUCUCGCUUUUGCAAAGUCGGUAGGUUGUGUUACUGUUGGCUUGGCGUGUUGUGAACCUUCGGCUAUGGGCAAAGAAAGAAACGUAGACCAUAUGAUCAGUGUAAUCACUGGACCAGAGGUAGUGACUGGAAGCACGAGAAUGAAGGCCGGUACGGGGACUAAAAUGGCCUUGAAUAUGCUAAGCACUGGUCUAAUGAUAAAAGUUGGCAAGACAUAUGGGGAUAUGAUGAUCGACGUCAAGUCGUCGAACUUCAAGUUACAGCAACGGUCAAAGAACAUUAUACGUACGAUAUGUGGGGAACGAUCUCCUUCAUCAGAUCAAGAACUGGAAGCUUUACUUGCUGCUUGUAGCGGAAGCGUAAAGUUAGCGGUGGCCACUAUUCUGCUUGAGACAUCAAUUCCUGAAUCAAGGAGAAAACUUGACGAUGCCGGCGGUGUUCUUGUAGAUGUUCUUCAGAUGUCGAAAUAUCAACCCUCCAAGCGAAUCGCUCCUGAAGACUACGUUCUUUGUGUUGAUGGCGGUGGCAGCAAAUGUGGCGCUGUUAUUCUGGGCAAGAAUGGAGAGCUCGGGCAAGGGGAAGCUGGAGAGUGCAACGUUUCGAAUGUCGGGGUUGAUACAGCAGUAUCUUCGAUCUCGCUAGCUAUCCAACGAGCUGUCGACUCUUGCCCAGCGAUACACGGGAUAUUAUUCAAGUCCAUUCCCUUUCGCUACAUCUGGAUUGAAUUGGCAGGGUAUGACCGCCCCUGUAUCGCCAAUCGCGUCAAUCCGCUUCUUCUCGAUAUUUUCCACCCCAGUGUGAGAAACAAACUCAGAAUAUUCACUGAAAUUGAUCUUCUCGCCAAUACAGUGAGCGAAAACAAUGGUGUCAACUCGGUGAUUGUCUUAGUUGCGGGGACUGGAUCAAUUGCCAUGAGCUUCGAACGCAAAGAUAGACGACUUGAGCGAACGGGACGCGCUGGCGGCUGGGGUCAUCUGCUUGGUGAUGAUGGCUCAGGGUAUGGAAUUGGUCGUCAAGCAUUGAGGCUUGCUUUGGAAUCGGCCGAUGAGAUCAACUUAAAGAAGCAACACACAUCUUGGGAUGAUCCCCUCAUACCGAGGAUUUUCGAGCAUUUUGGACUGGGAGAAUCUCCAGGACCUUGGACCAAUUUGCUGAAUCAGAUAGUUUCAUCAGAUGAGAGCAGUCGGGAAGCACUGAAGCCUACCAAGAGAAUCGCCGAAGUCGCAAAGGUGGUUGUGGAUGCGACUCCGUCGAGUAGAAAGGCCACAGAGCUGCUACAAGAAGGCAGCAAAUCUCUCGUCCGCAUAAUCUCGUCUUUGGUAUCGAACCAGAAACCUGACAACUCGAAGACUUCGCUCUUACUAGCUGGUGGGCUGCUACAGAGUGAGGUGUAUCAGCGAAUGUUCUUUGAGAACCUCGCUACGGCGGGUUUGGCGUUUCGAGAUACAAAGGCGAUUCAACAGCCGGCCAUGUUGGCGGCAAGACAUUUGCUCGCAAGUUUGAAAGAGGGAGAAUAGAC